GCGAAUCGAAUCUCCGGCUGUAGCAGCGGCGGAAAAUUCCUCGUGCCUCGUGAAGGCACCCCCUCUCAGUCUCGAACCGAAUGAAAGCCAGCCACGCCUCGGAGAAGAGGAGAAAGAGGGCGGAGACAGGGAGGGAGAAGAGGAGAAAGAGGGCGGAGACAGGGAGGGAGAAGAGGAGAAAGAGGGCGGAGACAGGGAGGGAGAAGAGGAGAAAGAGGGCGGAGACAGGGAGGGAGAAGAGGAGAAAGAGGGCGGAGACAGGGAGGGAGAAGAGGAGAAAGAGGGCGGAGACAGGGAGGGAGAAGAGGAGAAAGAGGGCGGAGACAGGGAGGGAGAAGAGGAGAAAGAGGGCGGAGACAGGGAGGGAGAAGAGGAGAAAGAGGGCGGAGACAGGGAGGGAGAAGAGGAGAAAGAGGGCGGAGACAGGGAGGGAGAAGAGGAGAAAGAGGGCGGAGACAGGGAGGGAGAAGAGGAGAAAGAGGGCGGAGACAGGGAGGGAGAAGAGGAGAAAGAGGGCGGAGACAGGGAGGGAGAAGAGGAGAAAGAGGGCGGAGACAGGGAGGGAGAAGAGGAGAAAGAGGGCGGAGACAGGGACAACAGGAGGGCAUGUUAGGGCGGAAGAGAACUGUGCCUCGUGAAGGCACCCCCUCUCAGUCUCGAACCG